UAGCAGGGUUGAAUGUGUUCGUCGCUCUGCAUUUUUCCCUAACUCCCGUAUCUCCUGCCUCUAGGAUUGUGUUUCUCGGUGAGCGGCCGGUGACAACGACUCCGGCGGAAGGAAGAUGGCUGCUGAGGGCAUGAUCCUCACUAACCAUGACCACCAAAUCCGUGUCGGGGUCUUAACAGUGAGUGACAGUUGUUUCAGAAACCUUGCAGAAGAUCGAAGUGGGAUAAACCUAAAGGACUUAAUCCAAGAUCCUUCUUUAUUGGGCGGGACUAUAUCUGCGUAUAAAAUUGUGCCAGAUGAAAUGGAAGAUAUUAAGGAAUCACUGAUAGACUGGUGUGAUGAAAAAGAACUCAACUUAAUUCUUACUACAGGAGGAACUGGAUUUGCUCCAAGAGAUGUAACACCGGAGGCUACAAAAGAAGUAAUAGAACGGGAGGCUCCUGGAAUGGCAUUGGCAAUGUUGAUGGGAUCACUAAAUGUUACUCCUUUGGGGAUGCUGUCAAGGCCAGUAUGUGGAAUCCGCGGGAAGACGCUAAUAAUCAACUUGCCGGGUAGCAAGAAGGGUUCACAGGAAUGUUUUCAAUUUAUACUGCCAGCACUACCUCAUGCCAUAGACCUUUUGAGGGAUGCCAUUGUAAAAGUAAAAGAAGUCCAUGAUGAGUUGGAAGACUUGCCUUCACCUCCUCCACCACUCUCUCCGCCACCUACAACAAGCCCUCACAAGCAGACAGAGGACAAAGGUGUGCAGUGUGAAGAAGAGGAGGAAGAGAAAAAAGACAGUGGUGUUGCAUCAGCAGAGGACAGUUCCUCUUCACAUAUCACUGCAGCCACAAUUGCAGCAAAGAGCCAUCAAUCCUGUACCAGCAUUCCAGUAAUCAUGGGAAAAGAUUACCAAGCCAUUCCAGGUUUCAUCACUUGUUCCCAUCAUACAACUGCCAAUGUAGUUGAUCUGAUACCCGAUUCCAUAAUUUCGCGUGGAGUGCAGGUACUUCCGCGGGAUACUGCAUCACUCAGCACCACUCCAUCUGAAUCUCCACGAGCUCAAGCUACGUCAAGACUAUCCACUGCUUCCUGUCCAACACCAAAAGCUCGGCUUCCUUCCUGCUCAUCCACCUAUAGUGUUUCGGAGGACAUUUGGAUUGCUGCCCCCUCCUUUUCUCAGCUCCACUAUAAGUUGGAAGGGCUUAAAGAUGAACUCAGAAGGAAUAGAGGCUGCGAAACAAGAGUCCAGUCCAGAUGUAGCAGCAAGGAGAACAUACUUCGAGCUAGUCACAGUGCUGUCGAUAUCACCAAGGUAGCCAGAAGACAUCGUAUGUCUCCCUUUCCAUUAACAUCUAUGGACAAAGCCUUCAUCACUGUUUUGGAAAUGACUCCAGUUCUUGGAACUGAAAUUAUAAAUUAUAGAGAUGGAAUGGGUCGAGUUCUUGCCCAAGAGGUUUAUGCAAAAGACAACCUACCACCAUUCCCUGCAUCAGUGAAGGAUGGAUAUGCAGUAAGAGCUGCUGAUGGCCCUGGGGAUCGUUUCAUCAUUGGUGAAUCCCAAGCUGGUGAACAACCAACUCAGACAGUGAUGCCAGGGCAAGUGAUGAGGGUAACAACAGGUGCUCCAAUCCCAUGUGGUGCUGAUGCAGUUGUACAAGUUGAAGACACAGAGCUCAUUAGAGAAUCAGAUGAUGGGACAGAAGAGUUGGAAGUUCGCAUCUUAGUACAGGCCCGGCCAGGCCAGGAUAUCAGGCCAAUAGGUCAUGAUAUUAAAAGAGGUGAAUGCAUAUUGGCAAAAGGCACACACAUGGGACCUUCUGAAAUUGGCCUGCUGGCAACUGUUGGCGUUACAGAAGUGGAAGUCCACAAAUUUCCAGUGGUUGCAGUUAUGUCAACAGGAAAUGAGUUGUUGAAUCCUGAAGAUGACCUUCUGCCAGGAAAAAUCCGUGAUAGCAAUCGAUCAACUCUACUUGCAACAAUUCAGGAACAUGGCUAUCCUACCAUCAAUUUGGGUAUUGUGGGAGAUAACCCAGAUGACUUACUAAAUGCCUUAAAUGAAGGUAUUAGCCGUGCUGAUGUCAUCAUCACAUCAGGGGGUGUUUCAAUGGGAGAAAAGGAUUACCUUAAGCAGGUGCUGGACAUUGAUCUUCAUGCGCAAAUACACUUUGGUCGAGUAUUUAUGAAACCAGGCCUGCCUACCACAUUUGCAACCUUAGACAUUGAUGGUGUAAGAAAAAUAAUAUUUGCACUGCCGGGCAACCCUGUUUCAGCUGUUGUUACAUGUAACCUAUUUGUUGUGCCAGCAUUAAGAAAGAUGCAAGGGAUCCUGGAUCCAAGACCUACGAUAAUCAAAGCCAGGUUAUCGUGUGAUGUGAAGUUGGAUCCACGUCCAGAAUACCACCGUUGCAUUUUGACCUGGCAUCACCAAGAGCCACUACCUUGGGCACAAAGUACAGGUAAUCAGAUGAGCAGUCGCCUGAUGAGUAUGCGUAGUGCCAAUGGACUGUUGAUGCUACCUCCAAAGACUGAACAGUAUGUGGAACUCCACAAGGGAGAGGUGGUGGAUGUUAUGGUCAUUGGAAGGCUAUGAUAGCAUCUACAUGAUAAAAGCUUUGAUGCAUGUCCACAUAUCAUUGACUGUAUUAUGUAAUAUGCAAAAUGGCACAGCUAGUUUUUAUGAUUUGAAUAAAAGUUGAUCAGUGUAGUCAACAUAUUGAGCUGAAUUCUUUUGGGAGGGAUAUUUUUUUUUCCAAAAAAUAACAAAGUCUUAUAAUAAAACCUUAUUCUGAUUACCAAGGCAACUUUUCCUUCAUUGCAAUUGCUUUGUGUGUUUAAAUGCUAGGCCUAAUAGCAGUAGAUGCCUGCAAAGUUGUGUUUCUCUCAUCCUUAAAAUACAAAUACUUAAGCUCUUAAAUAAGGCUUUCUGCUUUCUUUAUACUAGCUUAGAUGACACUGCUACUUCCUUAUCGGUAUGCUUCAUAAUUGCUUCACAAGAAAGCUCUGCUUGUUCUUUAUCUUGUAUAUCGUGUUCAUGUGCACAGUGCCAAAAGCAAAGUGAUUGCAUCUGGAUUGAGGAUCCACCUUGUUAGUGAGGAGGAAAAGCAUCCAGACAAUCUCUCAGCACAAUACUAUUGGGAAGUAGCUGAAUACAAUUACAUUGAACAGAAAUUGCUUCCUUAAGUGCUGACAGCCUUUUAACCAAUACAUUUAAAAAAUGUACAGAAAGAAAAUCAAAAACUGAUCUUGUACAGAUAACAGUGUACCAGCAUUCAUGUGAAAAAAUUUUAAAAAAUAAAAUAUUUAAGAACUCUGUACCAUAACAUUUUCUGUAACGAUACUGAAACGAGAUUAAAUCCUUGAUCAUUAUUUAAAAAAAA